AAAAUUGUCUUAAACGAAUUUAUUUUGAAUUUAUGUGAUUUGGGUGGCCAAGCAGAUCUCAGAUAUAUUUGGGAUGAUUAUAUAAAAGAAUGUCACGCCACUGUUUUUGUAGUAGAUUCUGUUGAUAGUCAACGCUCCAGUGAAGCUAUUUCGUGUUUAGAACAGAUUUUGUCAAAUUCAAAUGUACAAAAACAACCUUUCCUCGUCCUUUUAAAUAAAUGUGAUAAUGAAAUGUCUCCUUUACAAAUAAAUGGAUAUAAAGAAGAUUAUGUAAUUAAAGAUAAUGAAAAUUCAAGUGAUAUGAGCAAAGACGAUUUUCAACAAACAACAUUUCAGUCAACUUCUGGCGGAUGGAGAAGCUUUGAAUUAGACAACACCGAAGGAAUUAAUGGAGAUUGGGAACAAAAUAGUGAUUAUGGUUCGUCUUCUUUUUCGUCAACAAUUCCUUUAUCGACGCCAAUGACGGCUGAAAUAAAAUCAGAAAUUGACAGCCGUUUGGGAGAAGUUUUGCAAGGAGAUGUGGCUAUUUUCUCAAUUUCUGCAAAACAAAAUGCCGGUGUAAAAAAGAGUGUCAAUUGGUUAAUAAAUGCCUUAAAAUCAAGGAGCAAAGAAAUAUUUCAAAGUUAACGGAUU